AAACAAUCUGAAAAAUAAAUUAGCGACAAAAAAAGUAAUUAAGCCUCAGAAAACCCCACUACUUCUAGCGUGUUCCGUCCCGUAGGCGCCCACUCCGCGACCAUGCCGUCGCGGCGGUCUGCUACCGUAGAUUGCAUCUAUCCAUCCCCCUCUCUUCCACAGACUCGUCGCAUCCGGAUUCACAGUGCGAGACACGUGGCAAUUCGGCAAAAUAUUUUCUUUUAAUUUCGUCUAAUAUCCUAGCCGUUAGAUUAAUCCAACGGUUGCUUCGAGGAUCAGUUCACGGAAUUCGAUUCAUUUAAUUAGCGAUACCUAAACACUAAUUCCAGAAAACGACCGUGCUCUCCACUUUUCCUCUUCUUCAGCGUUCUUCUUCCUACUGAGAGAAAACAAGUGAUGGCAGGAAACACACAAGAUUCGUCAUCUCAGUCUUUUUGGGAAGGCUACAAAGAGUUUUGGUGUGACAGGUUUUCCUUUUUGAACAACUAUUCCACCUUCAUCAAGCGUGAUAAACCCCUCACCUCUUGGUCUAACUCUGAUGUUGAGGAAUUCAUCGCUUCUGAUCCUCUUCAUGGACCCGUCUUGAGAACUGCUAGAGAAGCAGUGCAAUAUGGUGUCACAGGAAGUGCUUUGGGAGCGUUAUUCACUGCAGGUUUUGCCUGGAAAUAUUCCAGGAGUUUACAUGGUGCUGGACUGUCUCUUUUAGCUGGAGGUGUAUUUGGGUGGACCUUUGGGCAUGAAAUCGCAAAUCAUGCACUUCAACUCUACAGGGUAGACACAUUGGCUUCUGAGGCUAAGUUUCUAGAGUGGUGGAAAACGAAGACUGAAGGAUAUUGAAGCAGUUGGCGUCUGGAACUUAAUGCUACAUUUGUUAUCCUUUCGGAAAAAUUAGCAAUAUUUUCGGUGUUGCCAGUGCGAUUCAUGUUCGCUGAAUAAAUAGUUUGUUGUGAAACUAUUGGUCAAAUUUAGAACUAAUGAAUAAUCGCAAAUCAAAUUGUGAUUGCCAUCUUUUCUUCAUGUGUUGUGUUGUUCCUUAUUGUUGUUCUAAAAGAAUUUAUGGAACCAAUGUAAAAUUUUGUUUUUUAUGGAGACCUUGUGUGAGAAGGCACAUGGUUUGAGAAAAGUUUUUAAUUUUUUAA